ACGGAUCUCGUUUAUUUGUGUGGUUUGUUCCAGCCUUGUCUGGCGAGGAUGACACGGACGAUGUCCGACGCUGUGGCACUCGGCUUGCUCCUUGCCCUGCUGCCGGCUGUAACGCCGUACUACCAACUCGAGAACUGCACGCUGUCCUGCAGGCCACCCCGUAUUCUGCUGCGACUGUCAUGUCGCUGUUUAAAUCCUAUCCGUGACACAAGAGAUGUUCAUGAUCGCGGAAUGUACGACGACGGGGGCGGUACGACGACGCCCAAUCCUGAGGAAACAACCCCCAAUACUGAGGAAACAACCCCCAAUACUAAGGAAACAACCCCCAAUACUGAGGAGACAACCCCCAAUACUGAGAAAACCACCCGUUACCAGGAAACACAGGAAACAACGCCCAAAGGCACCCAGGAAACGACCCCUGAUGCAGACAAGACCACGCCUGAUGAGUCGACCAACCCCCCAACAACUCCAGACGAGGGAGAGGAAACCACACGGUCUACAACUACAAAACCAAAACAGCCUUGCGACCCUCGCUACAAGAAGUUCUCCAGCACUCACACCAUGUGUGGCAAGGACAUCGGCGUGGACGCCCCUCUCACCAGUGAGCGGAAGCAGAAGAUUGUAGAUCUCCACAACCAAUGGCGCAGUAAGGUGGCUCCGCCAGCCCCAGCCAUGCAGAAAGUGAUCUGGGAUGACGAGUUGGCGGCCAUAGCGGGAAAGUGGGCAAGGCGGUGUGUACUGGGUCAUGACAAAGGCUCGGAGAGGAAAGCAAUAGGAAUGCCACUGUAUAACAUCGGCCAGAAUCUGGCCCGUCGGAGCGGCGAGUUCAACUUCACCAAAGCCUUCCUAGCCUGGGUGAAUGAGAUCAAGGACUACAAGUAUGGGAAUGGUUCCAUCAACGGCGGAGUAGUUGGUCACUACACACAGGUGGUGUAUGGGAAGACAGUCCGUAUUGGCUGUGGCCAGGCCGCAUGUGGUGAACAUCGGUACUAUGUGUGCAACUAUGCUUCAGGACAAACGAACUUCCACACACCCUACUGUACUGGGGAAAAGUGCCCAACCUGCGGCGGCGACUUCAAGAAGGCAGGACUCUGUGACUGCGGAGGGCGUAUAUGCCAGUGGCGAGGACUUCUUCAGCCGAGCACCUGUUCCUGUAGCUGCCCGAAAAGGACUUCUGGAAGUAGUUGCGAGAAACUUGAUUGUCCAUUGACGGAACCGACGCGGUGUUCAAAUCCAAACUGCCGAUUCUUCCCGCUAACUUGUCCGAUAUCAUGUGGCGUGUGCCCCAAACCACCAGAACAAACGACUACUCCAACGACUACUUCAACGACAACAACGCCUGCUUGCACCCUGAAAUGUCCAAAGAACAGUAUCCUGGAUUCCAAGAAAUGCGAGUGCAAGUGUACACCCGGAUGGUAUGGAGAACAAUGUGAUUGCAACCUUAAGUGUGCAAAUGGAGGUAUCUUGGACAAGCUGACGUGUUCGUGUCGUUGCGUCGCUGGCUAUAGGGGAGCCGACUGCAGCAAACUGCCCUGCAAGCCUGAAGACUGCGUCAAUGGGACAUUGGACAAGGCAACUUGUGCCUGCAAAUGUCUGCCAAACUGGCGUGGCCCCAAGUGCGACUGUGAUCUUGCUUGUAAGAAUGGAGGUGCCUUGGACGGGGCGAUUUGUCAAUGUCAGUGCGCCGGUGGCUACAGAGGUAAAGAUUGUAGCAAGCCCCCCUGCAAGACCGACUGCGUCAGUGGAAAGAUCAACCAGGAGACCUGUGCUUGCGAGUGUCAAAAAGGCUGGAGCGGCCCUACCUGUGACUGCAGCUUGAAGUGCGCCAACGGCGGUACGGUGAACGGAGCGCGAUGUUUCUGCAGCUGUGCAGGUGGCUUCAGGGGCCUUGACUGCAGUAAACCCCCGUGCCAGACCAAGUGUAUCAAUGGCAAGGUCAACCAGGGGAACUGUGCAUGCGAGUGUACAGAGGGCUGGAGCGGUUCCUCUUGUGAUUGCAGCCUUAAAUGCAAAAAUGAAGGAAAGCUGGAUGCAGAUAAAUGUCUGUGCACCUGCGUCAACGGUUACAAAGGCUCAGACUGCAGCAAGCCUCCCUGUAGAACAGUCUGUGUCAACGGGCAGGUCAACCAGGAGAACUGUGCCUGUGUGUGUGCCAAAGGCUGGACUGGUCCCAAGUGCAAUUGCAGCCUCACAUGUUCAAAUGGGGGAACUCUGGACAAAGACAAGUGUCAGUGUGCAUGCGCGGGGGGAUACCGUGGUGCAGAUUGUACUAAACUUCCAUGUAAAACCGAGUGUGUGAACGGGAAGGUCAGCCAGGAGAAUUGUGCCUGUGAAUGUACGGAUGACUGGAGAGGCCCCAAGUGUGACUGUAAUCUGAAAUGCCAGAAUGGAGGAAAACUGGAUGAAGAUAAGUGUCAGUGCACCUGUACCGGGGGAUACCGGGGUGCUGUGUGCAGCCUUCCACCGUGUACCACCGAGUGUGUCAACGGCAAGGUCAACCAGGAGAACUGUGCUUGUGUGUGUAGCACAGGCUGGAGUGGAUUCAAGUGCGACUGUAAACUCAAGUGCUUGAAUGGAGGUUCCUUGCAGUCGUCCACGUGUAAGUGCACGUGUGUUGGUGGUUACCGUGGUGCAGACUGUAGUCUGCCGCCAUGCAACACGGCCUGUGUCAACGGGAAGGUCAACCAGAAGGACUGUGCUUGCGAGUGUUCAGAAGGCUGGGUGGGAUCCAAAUGCGACUGCAGUCGUACAUGCUCGAAUGGAGGAGCCUUAGACAAGGAGAAGUGUGCGUGUACAUGUGCGGGUGGCUACCGAGGAGCAGAUUGUACAUUACCGCCUUGUAAGACGGUCUGUGUCAACGGGAAGGUCAACCAGAAGAACUGUGCCUGUGAUUGUACCGAAGGAUGGACUGGUCCCAAGUGUGAUUGCAAUCGUAAAUGCGCCAAUGGGGGUACCUUAGACAAGGAGAAAUGCGAGUGCACAUGUACCGGUGGCUACCGAGGAGCUGACUGUAGUCUUCUUCCAUGUAAGACGAUCUGUAUUAACGGGAAAGUCAACCAGAACAACUGCGCUUGCGAGUGUACAGAAGGCUGGAGGGGUGCCAAGUGUGAUUGCGGUCGGAAGUGCAGCAAUAAUGGCACCUUAAAUGUCGACAAAUGUGAAUGCACGUGCGCUGGUGGUCACCGUGGUACAGACUGUAGCAAGCCUCCAUGUACCACGGAAUGUGUCAAUGGCAAGGUCAACCAGGCAAACUGUGCCUGCGAGUGUGCAGCCGGGUGGCGUGGUCCCAAAUGUGACUGCAACCUUAACUGUGCCAACGGAGGAACCCUGGACAACAUCAACUGUCGAUGCACCUGUGCUGGCGGGUACCGUGGUUCCGACUGUAGCAAGCCUCCGUGCAAAACCGAGUGUGUCAACGGGAAGGUCAACCAGGAGAACUGUGCCUGCGAGUGCACAAAGGGAUGGAAUGGUCCCAAGUGUGAUUGUGAUUUGAAGUGUGAUAAUGGAGGCACUUUGAACAAAGAGACCUGUAAAUGUACAUGUGCCGGCGGAUACCGAGGUGCAGACUGUACACAAGAUCCAUGCAAGACGGAAUGUGUGAACGGGGAUGUCAACCAGGCGAACUGUGCCUGCGAAUGCACGAAAGGCUGGACUGGUCCUAAAUGCGACUGUCAGCUGACAUGCAAAAACAAUGGGACGUUGGACAGCACCAAAUGUGAAUGCACAUGUGCGGGUGGUCACCGCGGCGCCGACUGCAGCAAGCCUCCAUGUACCACCGUCUGUGUCAACGGCCAAGUGAACCAGGAGAACUGUGCCUGUCAGUGCUACGAAGGCUGGAGCGGACCUAAAUGUGACUGUAGCCUGAAAUGCCAGAAUAAAGGAACCUUGGACAAAGCUACCUGCAAAUGUGCAUGUACCGGUGGUUACCGUGGUGCAGACUGCAGCAAGCCUCCUUGUACAACGCCAUGUACCAACGGGAAAGUCAGCCAAGAGAACUGCGCAUGUGUGUGUAACGAAGGAUGGACUGGCCCAAUGUGUGAUUGUAAUCUGAAAUGCCAGAAUGGAGGAAAACUGGAUGAAGACACGUGUCAGUGCACCUGUACCGGGGGAUACCGGGGUGCUGUGUGCAGCCUUCCACCGUGUACCACCGAGUGUGUCAACGGCAAGGUCAACCAGGAGAACUGUGCCUGCGAGUGCACAAAGGGAUGGAGUGGACCCAAGUGUGACUGCAGUCUUCAAUGUGCCAACGAUGGAACCUUGGAUAAAGACAAAUGUACCUGUACCUGCACGGGUGGCUAUCGGGGGGCCGACUGUACGCAACCCCCAUGCAAGACGGAGUGCGUCAAUGGGAAGGUCAGCCAGACAAACUGUGCUUGCGUAUGUACCAAAGGAUGGUAUGGUCCAAAAUGCGAUUGCAGUCUCGUAUGUCAAAAUGGAGGCACGUUAAACACCGAGAACUGCCAGUGCGCGUGUACGGGUGGUUACCGUGGAAACGAUUGUAGUCUUCCGCCAUGCAAGACAGAAUGUGUCAAUGGUAAAGUGAACCAGAAGAACUGUCUAUGCGAGUGUACAGAAGGCUGGAAGGGUCCGAAAUGCGAUUGCAACCUCAAAUGUGAGAAUGGCGGUACCUUGGACGCAGACAAGUGCGCGUGCACUUGCGUGGAUGGCUAUAGAGGAAAUGAUUGUAGCAAGCCCCCGUGUACGACAAAAUGUGUUAAUGGAAAGGUGGAUCAGGAGACGUGUGUUUGCAAGUGCUCAGAAGGCUGGGCUGGACAACAUUGUGAUUGCGGUAGGCAGUGCGGCAAUAAUGGCACCUUGAAUGCGGACAAAUGUGAAUGCACGUGCGUUGGUGGUCACCGGGGUCUAAACUGCACCAAGCCUCCAUGUACCACGGAAUGUGUCAAUGGCAAGGUCAGCCAGGCAAACUGUGCCUGCGAGUGUACAGCCGGGUGGAGUGGUCCCAAGUGUGAUUGCAAGCUGAGUUGUGCCAAUGGAGGAGCCUUGGACGAAGAGAAGUGUGCGUGUACAUGUGCGGGUGGCUACCGAGGAGGUGAUUGUACACUACCACCUUGUAAGACGGUCUGUGUCAACGGGAAGGUCAACCAAAAGGACUGUGCCUGUGAUUGUACCGAAGGGUGGACUGGUCCCAAGUGUGAUUGUGAUCUCAAAUGCGCCAAUAACGGCACCUUGAACAAGGACACCUGUAAAUGCACCUGUGUUGGUGGCUACCGAGGAGUUGACUGUGCACAAGCUCCCUGCAAGACAGCAUGCGUCAAUGGGAACGUCAACCAGAAGACGUGUGCCUGUGAAUGCACGGAAGGCUGGACUGGGCCCAAGUGUGACUGCAGUCUUAAAUGUAGCAAUGGAGGUACACUUGACAAGGCCAAAUGUGAAUGCACGUGUGCUGGUGGAUACAGAGGUGCGGACUGCACCAAGCCUCCAUGUACCACCGUCUGUGUUAACGGCAAGGUCAACCAGGAGAACUGUGCCUGCGAGUGUAGCACCGGCUGGACUGGUCCCAAGUGUGAUUGCAGUCUCAAAUGUGCUAAUGGGGGCACUUUGGACACGGCCAAAUGUGAAUGCACGUGUGCUGGUGGCUACAGGGGUGCCGACUGCACCAAGCCCCCGUGCAAGACGGAAUGUGUGAACGGGAAGGUCAACCAGGAGAACUGUGCCUGCGUGUGUACGGAAGGAUGGAGAGGCCCAAAGUGUGAUUGUAGUCGUAAAUGUAGCAAUGGAGGAACCCUGGAUGAGAAAACGUGCCAGUGCUCUUGUGUGGGUGGUUACCGUGGUGACGAUUGUAGUCUGCCCCCAUGUACCACGGUAUGUGUCAAUGGCAAGGUUAACCAGAAGAACUGCGUGUGCGAGUGUACAGAAGGCUGGAACGGUCCCAAGUGUGAUUGCAGUCUUAAAUGUAGCAAUGGAGGUACACUUGACAAGGCCAAAUGUGAAUGCAAGUGUGCUGGUGGAUACAGAGGUGCGGACUGCACCAAGCCUCCAUGUACCACCGUCUGUGUUAACGGCAAAGUCAACCAGGAGAACUGUGCCUACUGCAGCCUCAAAUGUCAGAAUGGCGGCACGCUUGAUAAGGACAAGUGUACUUGUACAUGCGCCGGUGGCUACCGUGGCGCGGAUUGCAGCAAGAAUCCAUGUACCACACCCUGCGUCAACGGGAAGGUCAACCAGGAGAACUGUGCAUGCGUGUGCAACAAAGGUUGGAGUGGACCAAAGUGUGAUUGCGGCCGGCAGUGCGGCAAUAAUGGCACCUUGAAUGCGGACAAAUGUGAAUGCACGUGCGUUGGUGGUCACCGGGGUCUAAACUGCACCAAGCCUCCAUGUACCACGGAAUGUGUCAAUGGCAAGGUCAACCAGGCAAACUGUGCCUGUGAGUGUACAGCCGGGUGGAGUGGUCCCAAAUGUGAUUGCAAGCUGUCAUGUGCAAAUGGAGGAACGCUGGACAGCGCCAAAUGUGAAUGUGCAUGUGCUGGCGGCUACCGAGGAGCCGAUUGUAGUCUGCCGCCAUGUAAUACAGCCUGUGUCAACGGAAAGGUCAACCAGAAAAAUUGUGCUUGUGAAUGUACAAAAGGAUGGGUCGGACCCAAGUGUGAUUGUGAUCUCAAAUGCGCCAAUAACGGCACCUUAAACAAGGACACCUGUAAAUGCACCUGUGCUGGUGGCUACCGAGGAGCUGACUGUGCACAAGCUCCCCUGCAAGACAGCAUGUGUCAAUGGGAACGUCAACCAGAAGACGUGUGCCUGUACUGCAAACUGAAAUGUGCAAACGGAGGAAAAUUGGACAGUGCCAAAUGCGAAUGCACGUGUGUUGGUGGUUACCGUGGUGCGGACUGCACCAAACCCCCAUGUACGACGGCCUGUGUUAACGGGAAGGUCAACCAGGCGAACUGUGCCUGCGAGUGCACAGAAGGCUGGAGUGGUCCCAAGUGUGAUUGCAGUUUGAAAUGUGGCAAUGGAGGAACCUUGGAUAAAGCCAAAUGUCAGUGCACCUGUACUGGUGGCUACAGAGGAGCUGACUGUAGUCUGUCUCCGUGUAAAACGGCCUGUGUCAAUGGCAAGGUCAACCAAAAAACCUGCGCUUGUGAAUGUUCCGAGGGUUGGACCGGUCCCAAGUGUGAUUGCAAGCUUAAGUGUGCCAAUGGCGGUAAACUGGAUUCGGGCACCUGCUCGUGUUCUUGUGUUGGUGGCUAUCGUGGUGCUGGCUGUGGCAAGGCACCUUGCACGACGGCUUGCGUUAACGGCAACGUUGACCAGAAAGACUGUGCAUGUGUGUGUACAAAGGGCUGGACUGGCCCCAAAUGCGACUGUAGUCGACAGUGUGCAAAUGGAGGCACUCUGGAUGAAGCUAAGUGUCAGUGCGCAUGUGCCGGCGGCUACCGUGGUCCAGACUGUAGUCUUCCUCCGUGCAAGACAGAAUGUAAGAAUGGCAAGGUCAACCAGAAGAACUGUGUGUGCGAGUGUACAGAGGGAUGGAGCGGUCCUAAGUGUGAUUGCAGUCUCAAAUGUGCUAAUGGAGGAACUCUCGACAAGGCUAAAUGUGAAUGCACGUGUGCUGGCGGAUACAGAGGUGCGGACUGCACCAAGCCUCCAUGCAAGACAGAAUGUGUCAAUGGCAAGGUCAACCAGGCAAACUGUGCCUGCGAGUGUCAGGAAGGAUAUGUUGGUCCCAAGUGUGACUGCAACCUCAAGUGUGCAAAUGGGGGUAAACUGGAUCCAAGCACCUGCAAGUGCGCGUGUACCGGCGGGUAUCGCGGCGCCGACUGUAACCUCCCUCCUUGUAAGACAGAAUGUGUCAAUGGCAAUGUCAACCAGAAGAACUGCGCUUGCGAUUGUAACUUCGGUUGGAAGGGACCAAAGUGCGAUUGCAAGCGGCAAUGUAGAAACGGAGGAGUCCUGAAUCCGGCAACAUGUGACUGCGCAUGCGUGAACGGCUAUCGUGGCUCCCUGUGUGGCCUUGACCCCUGUACCACCAAGUGCGUCAAUGGCAAGGUCAAUCAGAAGAACUGCAAGUGUGAAUGUUUGGAAGGCUGGAGCGGUCUAUCUUGUGAAUGCGGACUGAAGUGUAACAAUGGUGGCACCCUGCUAAAGCGGUACUGUCGAUGCCUUUGCGCCAAUGGCUACCGUGGCGACUCCUGCAGCGACCCCCCAUGUACGACGGAGUGUGUGCGCGGCCGGGUGAACAAGCGCACCUGUGAAUGCGUUUGCAGAAAAUAUUGGUCUGGACCCAAAUGUGACUGUAACCUUCAUUGCCAGAAUGGUGGCAUCCUGGACUCAAAGACUUGUUCCUGCAAGUGCGUCAAUGCCUACCGUGGUGCCGCCUGUGGUCUGCCGCCGUGCAAAAGCCCGUGUGUCAACGGAAAACACAACCCCAAGAGCUGUGCCUGCGAAUGUUCCGAAGGGUGGAGUGGCUCGAAAUGCGACUGUAAUCUCACAUGUGAGAAUGGCGGGAUACUGGACGGUAACCGGUGCGAGUGUACUUGUGUCAAUAAGUACCGCGGCAAGACGUGCAUCAAACCCCCGUGUAAGACUCCAUGUGUUGAAGGACGCGUCAACCAGGACAACUGUGCCUGUGAAUGUCACCUGGGCUGGAGCGGCGCCAAGUGUGAUUGUAAACAGCUGUGCAACAACAACGGGACUCUGGACGUGUCCAAUUGCAAGUGCGCAUGUUCCGGGGCGUUCUACGGGAAGAGCUGUUCAAAAUGCCGACGGAAAUGUGAAACCCCGCAAGUCCUGUCACCAGCUUCCUGUUCAUGUCAAGCUUUGCCUCCCUGCACAAAAACCUGUUCUAGUCAAACGGUGCUCUACAAACGAACCUGCUCCUGUGUACCGAACACUGUGAACUGCGCCCAGUUCGACGGCCCCAAAUGUAAGAAAGUAGUUGAAGGCAAGUUCUGUGGUACCCCUGCUUCUGAUGCUGACUGCCCUCAGGGAUGUGGACUCUGUGAGCGGGACUUCACUCCGCCGCCAAAGGAUGACAAGCCCAAAGCACAUAUAGACGACGAGGAAGAAAAUCCCUUUGCAAGUGGGUGUGGUAAGGCACCGGAAGUAGCCAAUUCGAAGCACGUCCAGGAUGGUGAUGGAUCCGUCAUGACUGUUAUCAUCUACUCGUGCCUUGAUGGCUUCACUGGAACCGGGGAAGGCAUUACCCAGUGCCAGGAGGACGGUACCUGGUCGGAUUUUGAGUUCACCUGUACAACCAAGGCUAAGAGGAGUAUUGCUGGAUGCGGACCCCCACCUGAACUGGACGGAAUGACGGUGACGUUCAACACCACCUCCUCAGUCGGCGCGACCGCUAUGUACGAGUGCCUCAAGGGAUACAUGGGAUCAGGAUUUGGUCUGUCAGAGUGUUCACAUGACCAUCAGUGGACGCGACCAACACUUACAUGCUCCGCCAAAUCAAGUAACUGGAUACAAAUGGGGCAAGCACUGCAAUCCCACAAUCCACAGUUCUACUCAGUCGUACAUGACCUAUUCUGGGAGUCGUGUUCACCAACUAUGACGGUCUCGGUGACCUUGGGACAAGACAAGAUGCUGUUCUAUCUUCACAACGUCGGAUGGGACGGGUCUGACAUAUGGGGGCAGUCGGUUCUCAGGCUGACCAAGCAAGACUGGGAUACGUUCUCCUUAAAACCAAAGCGCGAGUACAACAUCUUCCUCACUAACUCGGACUGGACCAUCCUUGUCGUCGGCGAUGACGGAGUAUACGAGAGGAAGACUCGACGUUCUAUCCUAGAUUGGUCCUAUAAGAAUGAUUCCUGUCUGCUGCACGUUGGUUCUGAUUCGGAUGCAGUUCUGGCAGGACUUCUGGAUGGAAACGGCCUACAUCAAAGGGACAUAACUCACGUUGAUGGAGAACUAUUUGCUACUCAAAGUCAAAGUGUAUCAGAUUUCAAAGGUCGAGAAACAGGUUGGUAUACCAAGAAAGAAUUAUCAAACGGUGUUCAAAAAGUAAUCCGUUGGCAUCCAAACAAAAAGACAGCGACUGCCAGCAUUGAUGACGAGACGCCGCAAUGGUGCCUGGACACGUGUUGGCACGAAGUAUCCUUGACCAAAGACACGACUCGGCUAAUCAACGGGAUCAUGGCUGGACACAAUGCCCUCAUAAAAGUAGGCAAGCUAUUAGGUACAGCUCGAGACAUCAUUGUCUAUGAAGGUCAUGUGACUGCAACCCUCAUGGAGUAUUGGUCCCCCUCUGACCAAUCAGCAUUCUCGGAACAUUCUGAACAAGUAUGGCAAUCCGUUUCUUCCCAAGGGGAAGUAACCUCGUGCAGACACAAACAGGAAACAUCAACGGUCACAUCCUACACAAAAGAGAAUCUCCCAAGUCGGUGGUUCCUUGACAGUCGGCCAUGGAGAAAGGUUUUAUCUGUUGAUUCUAAAGGAAUAGUCAUUUCGGGCUCCAAAUUGGAUCUCGCUGUCAGCCUCAAAGCCAGCAAAGAACUGAGACUGGGCAUCCGUCUCACCAGUGGCCUCCUCCACUACAUGACUGUCGACACAGUGGUUUUGCGGGAUUCAGGCGAUGUUGCUGCGGAGGUCACAAACCAUCCGGGUCUCGAAUUGGACAAGGAUUCAAAGUUCAGUCUGUAUUCUAACUGCCGCACAUGGUCAGCUAUUAUUACGACAGAAGGACAGUACAAAGUGUACGAGUACACCUUGGGCAACGUAGGCAAACACAUUGUAAGGACGGAUGUCGUCAGUAUAGAAUGGUUUGUGUACUGAUCUUUCACCUUGGUGUCGGUUGCAAAAUUUUACGUAAUAAAAUGGUCCAUGGUU